UUCAGCAGCUGUUUUCCGGUCUUGUUGGUGUUCAUGGUCAUGAUUGGUAAUGAUUUUGUGUUCGGGGUUUUGUUAUUUCAGCAAUAAUAUAUAAUUUCGGUUAUAAAAUGCGCUCGAUCAGAUUACUAUUAGGUAACAUAUUGGUAAGAGGAAAUCGAUUCUAUUCUAGCCAGCGCCCGAGUGAAAUUCCUGUGAAAAAGAAGACGGAGGUGGCAGGAAACGUAAAGCAGACCCGUACAGAUGAACCAGAGAUUCCUCAGAAUCCAUGGAAAUCUAUAUAUACUGCAUCUCUUCAACCAGAAAAUGGCAAAAUUUAUGACAAGAAGCCAUUCAGAAUGAAGUGUCAGAAAGGAAAGGCAUAUUUCUGGUGCCUCUGUGGUCAGAGCAAAACCCAGCCCUUAUGUGAUGGGACUCACAGAAAUCCAUAUUUGAACAUAAAGUUUCGUCCAAUAAAAUUUACGGUGACAGAGGACAAAGAAUAUUGGUUAUGUAAUUGUAAACAGACUUCUAAUCGGCCAUUCUGUGAUGGAACACACAAACGUGAAGAUAUUCAGGCAGCCGUUAAGUGGUAAAUUUUGACAAGAUGUUAGAGACAUGUAUAAAAUAAGACAUUAAUUCUCUAUGCUUAAAACCUCUAGUAGUAACCAUAAAAAUUAUGAACCACUGCACAAUUGUUAGGUGAAAAUUUGUCAUUCCAAGAUUAUCGUGCAGUAGUGCUGACAUACCAAAUUUACAGAAUUUCAUGCAUGAGAUACACUCUGUAAAAGUGUUCCUGUUUUACUGUAAAACAGUAUUAUUGAAUAUGAGACA